AUGAGCACCGAAUCCCUAAUCCGCGUGACCGUCUGCGUAAAUCGCAAACCCGGCACAACCGAAGAUGAGUUCAGUAAAUACUGGGCCUACAAGCACGGCCCACUAGCCACAGAAUGGCUUCAACCCACGGGACGAAGUCCCCUCGCUUUCGACGGCAUGGGCGACUUCUGGGUCAAGAAGUACGAGGAUUUCGAAGCGGCUUUUUUAGAUCCAUAUUAUUUGGAAGUUAUUCAGCCGGAUGAGAAGAAUUUGAUUGAUAUGGAGAGUAUCCAGGUGACCAUUGGGGUUGAGAGGGUGGUCAUCGAGGCAUUCGAUAUGUCUAUUGAUAUCCCACUCAAGGACAAAAUCAUCCUCAUCACCGGAGGCGCAUCGGGCAUCGGCCUUGCACUAACCCAACAAUCCCACGCCCUGGGAGCUCGUGUCCUCGUCGCUGACCUCCGCCCCACACCACUUUUCACCGCCUUCGCAGCCUCCAAACCUAACAUCCUCUUCAUCCAAUCUGAUGUCUCCAAAUGGUCGUCGUUCGACAAAAUCUUCGCCGCGUGCGAGGAAAAGUGGAAUGAUGUUCCCGACGCAUAUGGUAUCUGUGCAGGACUGUUUGAACCGCCAUUUUCGAAUUUCUGGGAUGAUAGAGAGGAAGGGGAUGGGGAAAAGGGGUAUAUGCAGGUAAGGGUCAAUGUGGAUCAUCCAGUGAAGUUGACGAGGAUGGCCAUGAGGAAGAGUUUGGAGAGGGGAAAGAGGGCGAGCGUUUGCAUUAUUCACGCCAUCAUCGGCUUCGUAAAAUCGCUCUCUUCCACCGAACCCCUAACCGGUGUCAAAAUAACUACCAUCUGUCCCGGUGCCGUCAACACCCCCUUAUUCACACCAUCCAAGAUCUCGCAAUUCUCGUUUGCGGAGGCCAAGGCCCUGACGCCGGACGAUGUGGCGAAGCACAUGUUAGAGUUGCUGCAGAAGAAAGAGUAUCCGUGUGGGACUAUGUUGGAGUUGAGCUUGACGGGGACGAGGGUUUUGCCCGAGUGGAAUAUUGCGCCGCCUGCUGGAGAGGGGACUGGGCAGGAGUUGAAUGCGGAGGAGAUGAUGAGGGCGAUGUUACGGCCGAUUGAGGAGAAGUUAGGAAGCGAGAGGGGCGCGAAGUUGUAG